ACAGAGCGGGUAGACAUGAGAGUUGUUAGGAGUCGUUGCAGGAUGGAGUGAACUUUAUUGAGACCUUGAGAAAAAGUUGUCUCACUUUUGAUUUCCAGAAGCCCUCAGUAGAGCAGCUCUCUGGACUCGUGGAAGAAACUUUUUUUUUUACUUGUGUAAUUUUUUUUGAAUUAUUUGUUUUUAUGUGGGUGACUGUGUGACAGCGAAAAAACAGGUUGGAGUCUGAUAUGGAUGAGGUACCACCACCACAAACACAGCCGGUCGAAAUAGACCCGGAUUUCGAACCUCUGUCCCGCCCGCGGUCAUGCACCUGGCCGCUGCCCCGACCGGAGCUUACUGACCCGGCCAGCUCCAACACAUCCUCACCGGCGCCCUCCGUGCAGCAGGAGCCGGGAGGAAACACCGAGUUCAUCGGUAACCUCGGCUUGUUGGAGGAAGACUAUGAAGAGUACACGGAGCAGAAACCUCCUUUACCCUGCAAUGAAUUCCUAUGUCGAGAGGGGAACUGUUUGCAUCUUCAUCAUCACCACCACCACCAGCGUAAUCACCAUCUGCAGCAGCUCCCAGGUCCACAGCCGCCGCCUCUGCAACAGGUGCCCCCUCCUGGUGUCGCACCUUUGGGCGGCUCCGGCCCGAGGAAGACGAGCUCGUCCCGUCGUAACGCCUGGGGCAACAUGUCGUAUGCUGACCUGAUUACUAAGGCGAUAGACAGCUCACCUGAGAAGAGACUGACGUUGUCUCAGAUUUACGACUGGAUGGUGAAGAGUGUGCCUUACUUCAAGGAUAAAGGAGACAGCAACAGCUCCGCGGGCUGGAAGAACUCCAUCAGACACAACCUGUCCCUGCACAGCCGCUUCAUGCGCAUUCAGAACGAAGGAACUGGAAAAAGCUCCUGGUGGAUGCUGAACCCAGAGGGGGGAAAGAACGGAAAGUCGCCGCGGCGCAGAGCUGCCUCCAUGGACAACAACAGUAAGUUGGUGAAGAGCAAAGGAAGGGCCACAAAGAAAAAGAUGGCCCUACAGGAGGGCAUUGAGGGAGGAGCAAGCAGUCCUGGGUCCCAGUACUCUAACUGGAUGGGAAGCCCAAAUUCUCAAAGCAAUGAGGACUUUGAGCCCUGGAGCUCCUUUAGGACACGCACCAGCUCUGACGCCAGCACCCUGAGUGGUCGCCAUUCACCUUUCCCCCCUGAGCAGGAUGACCUGGUGGAGUCUGAUGGCCACAUGAUGUAUCCUGGGGCAGUGGGAACCAAAAUAGCCUCCCCCCUGCCAAGCCUGUCUGAGAUGGCUGGACCAGUGGGCCAACAUGGCCAAGAGGUGGUUAUGGAGAAUCUGAUGGAUAACUUAAACCUGCUGUUUCCUAAACCCUCUCAGCUGGGGCCUGACUCCUCACAUUCCCCUAAUGCUGCCAUGCUGCAGAGUAGCCACUACAGCUCCACUGGUUUGACCCCACACCAACAGCAGGACUACCGCAAAUGCAUGUACAGCCAGGUGAGGAUGAACUCCCAUUCCCCUGCUCCCAUGCAGACAUUUACAGAGACCAAGCCAGGCUUUGGAGCUUACGAGAACCAGUAUAUCUGCCCUGCUGGCCUCUUGAAAGAGCUGCUGACUUCAGAUCCAGACGCCAGUAGGGACAUGUUGCCCUCAAGGGAUACACCGGUGGCUCAGGCUGGGAGGGGACGUGGUCUAAUACCCACUUACAGCAGCCAGGGCCAUAAUGUGGGACAUAAGGGGGUUAAAAUGAUGAAUUCUCCACAGAGUCACCCAGUUCCUCAUGUGAAUCCACAAGUUAUACUUAGCCAAGGUCCUUCAACCUCACGAGACUUGAAUAGCUGCAACAUGAUCCCUCUGACCAGUCGGACUAAUCUUUCAGGGGCCUCUCCUCAGAUGACCAGCCUGAGGACAUAUAUGCAACCACCCCAUAGACACCCAGCACACACCCACCAUGUUUCAUCAAGCUCAAGCAGCAACAAUAUCUUCAGGGGACUUAACUCAGUACACCACAGUCAUCAAGAGCGGCUGCCCAGUGACCUAGACAACAUGUCCAUUGAGAGGUUUGAGUGUGACAUGGAGACCGUCUUACAUGACACCCUCAUGGAUGGCGGGGCACUUGACUUUAACUUUGACCCCGCGGCUGGGCCUCACGGGUUUCCCCAGAGGGUGAAGACCACCACACAUAGCUGGGUGUCAGGGUAGGACGCAUGCUGAUCAACAAACAGGAUUUUCUCAACCCAAAGAAGCCACCACGGUCCUUCUCCACAGAGUGACUGAAAAUGUUAUUUUCAAAAAGUACAUGUAGUAAAUACAUGUGGUUUCAGAUCCAUGUGCAUGGUUAGACGAAAGAAAAUUUCAUGCAAAUACAGAUACUGGAAUCAGACACAACAGACCAAACUGUCACCCCUUACUCAGUGAAAAUGCUUCAGUCAUUUUAAGACAGCUCUACAGAGAGGUCAGUGAGAGAUACACCAGCACUAGCAAACUAGCCUUGUUUAAAACUGCCUGUCAAAAACUGUGUAGAUGUAUAUAUUUGUUUAUUUUUUCUGGUGGCUCAGGACCUCUCAAACAUUGCAGUACAUUAUAGAUAAAUACAUCUACAUAAGAAUGCCAGAAAAGGGGAGCUUAACGUAUUGUACCAAAUGUUGGAUUUGGAGCAUGUCCUACAUUCAGCAAAGACUCCUCAACCAAUUAUUGUUUGGGAUUGAAGUUAGCAGCAGUCAUUAUUCCUAGUUGAGGACACAAGUGAGACUUUAAGAGGCACACUGAAUGCUGAUUUAUACUUCUGCGUCUCCCCUACGCAGCAGGGGCUGACGCGGACAUGAGCACCGCAUACUUGUGCGUCAAUGUGUCCAUGUCACGCAACAAUUCUCCGCCGAAGGACUUGAGGGCAGUGCGGUCUCUCAGAUUCAGAGCGUGUUAUGUUAAUCUACAGCUGAUACAUGUUGCUGUUUAUCAUACAGACAUGAUAGGAAGAGAUGAAAUACACGGCCGAUGUGCGGCCGAUGUCUGGGAUCCUGGAAGUGCUGUCAAUGCAGGAAACACAAUGCUGCUGAGCGGACCAAUCACAGGGCUUGCGGUCCUUCUAUAGGUAGUUACAUUUUGGAGGAGGUGCACGUCAGCUACGUGCGUAGGCCUCUGCUUAGGUACGGGAGCUACGCGAACCUCCGCCAUAGGCUACGCUGUCAAUUCAAUGCAGAAGUGUAAAUCAGCCUUUAACCCUCAAACUGUUCUGUGCAUGAUUUAACAAGAUUUUAAAUUCCGUCUUCACUUUAAACCAUUCGGUCAGUUUUGGGGUGAUAAGUGAACUAUAAGGUGUAGUUAGUGACACAAAUGUAAGAUUUGAAAUGAGGGACAGGUUUGAGAAAACAACAAAUGUUUACAUUUGUUUUAACUGAGCAAAGACUGGAGAGUUACAUACUAAAUAAAGGAGUGUGUCAUCUGCAUAGGGACAUAUUUGACUUUAAUCAAGUAGUAAAUUAGAAAAAUACUAAAUGAAUAAAAGGAAAAUGGGCAAUGUCAUUAGGAUAUCAGUACCAUAAUAGACCUCUGGACAACAACACAUAGCAGGUUUUGAAAUGUACACCAAAGUAUCCCUAAAAACAGUUCAAUUAAACUCUUCAGUGGAAUUCUAUCAGUUUCUCCCAAACAUGCAAUGAUGAACUUUAUCUCCAGCUGAAAUGAUUAAAUCGCUUAUUUGCAGUUGGAGUGUAUUUUUUUUUAUUAUAGUAGUAGGUAGCUGUUAGAUUUGUGCCUUUAUACUUUGUUUGCUUUUUAAAAUGUGUGCCUAUGCUGUGCACUAUCCGUGUACUGUACUGUAAAUAAUUACAAACACAUUUGAGAUAUGCUUUCUAAAAAACUGUUCACCAAGAGUCUUGACAUAUCCCAUUUUCAAUGUAUACGUAUUGUGUCAGGUGUCUGUUUCAUGCAACAUGAGGUUUUUGUUCAUUAAUAGCUUAUUGAUACAAAGGAGCACAUAUCCAAAGUAAAGCUCCUUAAGAUCCUUCAGAUGGAAAAAUACCAAACUUUUUCAAUGAUUAUUCAAACCACUGUUACAUUUUUUAAACUUAAAACUUCACUCUGAAAAAAAGGUUUACAAAAAGGCAUUAAAUUAACAGAUAGAAAACACAGUAAUGAAGUGGGGAUUAAAGGGAAACUUUAGAGUUUUUCACUGGACUCAACUUGUGUGAAGCAAUGGGAGGAGCAGUUUGUAGAAAGACUGAUAAACAGUGACCUGACUAGUUCACUGAUUAAACUGACUAAAGCUCACACAGCACAUUAUUUGAAAGGUAUUUAACUCCUGGCAAUCACUGUGCCUGCAUCAUCUCAAAGACUUAUUACAUUGUACAUUUUAUAUUCUUUAAUUAAUGCAUUUUAUAUAUGAAUGCUUUUCGGGGCUCAUUAGUUUUAAACUGUAAGAUAGUUCUAGAAAUGGUUGUUUAUGGAUCUCUGUCCAAACUAUAUCCAUAAACACAGUAAACGAACACUCAUACCUCAGAAUACUUUACCUCUUAAGUUUUGAAGGGUUAAUUUCUGCAUUUUGCUCUGUGAAUUAUUAUAGCAUUUCUCUUCAGUAAGGCGAAUUAAGUUGUACAUAUUUUUGUUUCCUUUUGGAGCAAGUAUUUGAAAUAUUCUGUUUGGACCUGUUCAGUGUUGUCUAUGGUAUUCUAAUGUUUUGUGUGAAAGGAUUACAGCCAUUAGUUCCUUCAGUUCACAUUUUGUUAAUAUGUUAAAUUAAAGCUGAAUUGUAUGAUAUUAUGAAAUUUGAAAGAUUUUUUGUUUUUAUUUGAAUUCAUCUUUUCAAAUAAAAGUCAUAGAAAGGACUUCAGACAACAGAUUUCAGUUACAUUAUGAGACUUGGAAUUGUUAAAGCUUAUUUAUAACAGGGGCAUUUUAAUGAUAAAAUAGCUUCCUGGACAAAUAAGAUUUCUAAAAGCUUUAAAAAAUGCUUUUGUUUGUUACAUUUCAUUAUAAAAAGAGAAUAAAUUAUACUUUUUAUGUUUGUUUUUUAUUGACAGUACACAGAUGUUUUUCAGGAAAAGAUACAAUUCAGUCUUAUUUUGUUAUUGUAAUUUAAAUGCAGGUAUUUUUUGAAAGAAUGCAGUUUUAUAUGUAACAAAUUCAAUGCAUACAUCACUAUGUAAACUAAGCAAUUAAAGG